UACACUUAUUAUGCAGGGUUCACAAAAAGUUUGUUUACAGUGCUACUUGCGGACAAGUCGGCAAAAUCAAAGGAGUUUGCGAUGCGACAAAGACAAUGUCGGUCUCUCGUUUCUUAUCCGUGCAAUUUGUUGAUACCAUCACAGUUACUUCAGCGUAGUGCGGUGGUAAAGUAAAGUUACUUUCUAGAAGACAUAGGCAUACAAUGAGCGACCGCUCCCGACGCUUCACAGGACCAAGAUUGCCAAAUGAUGCCCAGCUGUGCAGGCAAUUACAACGGUUUCGAAUAAACUCACCCGAAACGCUAAGAUUUCCUGGUUCUGGAAAUACUACCAAUGUGCCAUUGCCCCCAACUCAUGUUUACAGAGGACCGCGGAGUACUCGAGCUAGAUUCUUUGAAGCUCCUAGCAACAGCUCUUUAAAUCGCUUUGGCAAUUCAGCAAGAUGGAGAAAUUUCGGAAUGAGAAUGGCGGCCUCUGUCCAUUCACUCCCACAGACCCAGCAAUUGUAUCAAAAUAGACAUCGAUUUCAUUCUGACAGGAACUUGUCAUCCAGCAGUUCUCAAGUGCAUCGUUUGGGAUAUGCAGAAUUUGCGACGACAUCAGGGUAUUGUGGUUAUGGGAAUCCUCCCAUGUGGUGUGCUUUUUGUAAAAGUAACAAAGAACCACGACAUGUCUAUUCAUCUCAUUGGCUAAAGGAUGCAAAUGGGAAAAUCGCUUGUCCUAUUCUCAGAAGGUACAGAUGCAAGCAUUGUGGUGCAACAGGAGAUAAAGCACACACAGACUCGUACUGCCCAACAAUCGCACAAGACAAAAGGAGCAUGAAGUCGGUCCUAACGACGUUGAAGACAUCAUCGGGAAAAUACCGCAAAUAAGACUACGACAUCUUUAGCAUUUUUCACAUAUAUUUUACUUUGAACUCUCCCCGCAUUACCACGGCCAGUUGUGUCUAAAAACAAAAAGGCCUCACUCUCGUGUUCGAUAUCUCCACCAAUCACAACAGUCCAUCUACUAAUCGCG